AUGGUUUGGUGGCCAUUUGGAUCAAAAAAGGGUGAUGAGUCGGAAAAUACGAAGGAGACCGUUGGAAAGAGAGAAGAUGGUGCUCAAAUGGCGAAUUACUCGAGAGGACAGAAGAUUCUACUAGAAGACACGAGCCCCAGGUUUAACGCAGAAGCUUCACAGAGUGAGAGAGCAGUUUCAAAGGAAGAAGCUAAUUUUGAAAGGGCCUUGAGUACGAUAUCGCGAGAGGACUUUUCACUGGCAAAAUUGACAAUGAUUCCCUGUUUCAGAGACGCCGGGCUGAUUGGCUUCAGCUGUAUGUUUGUUACUGGUGCUGUGACUUUUUUGUACCAUAAAAACCCCAGUAAAUCUGCCAAUUGGUCUGUGGGAGGGCUGCUUCUGGGUUCCGUUGUUGGAUGGGAGCAAUGCAGACUGCGCAGAAAGAAGAGUUUCCAAGUGGCCCAGAUGGCCAGGAAUACGGUCGCAGCGAAGGAGAAACCCAUGAUGAACAGUGUGCCGCAUGAUGAAAGGGUGAAGCACCAGUGGGAUGGGCAUACGAGUGAGGACCAGUCAAAGAGGCCUUGGUACAAGAUUUGGUAA